GUUGAUGGCAGCUAGCUUCACACAGCUCAUAAAUCAUGUCUGGUAGGCAGAGGAAAGGAAAGGUGGAGAGUGUGACACAAAGCCUGUGUCUUUUAGUGUUUCUAGUGAUUUAGUUAGUUAUAUUAAACGGAUUAAACCCGUCCUCCUCAACAAGAAGAGACCAUACUUCUCUGAAUGACCGUCGCUAAGUGUGCAACCGUUGUUGCUAAGCUACUGUGGAGCGGUUAGCUGGACGUUAAUAACGUUUAACGGUCGCAAUCAAAAGAUCAUCUUGUUUGACGGCGCUUAGAGGAGCUGUAAGCGGCGGUAGAUGCGCUCCUACGGGGCUCACAGGAGCACCAGGGACAAGAACUGAGGGCGAACGUGUUAUAGCUUAGCUGUGUGAUGUGUGUCUGCUCUCCUCGCUGUGCCACGGAGCCGUGUAGUGAAGCUGUCCACGUCUCUGUCUCUGUCUGCUGAGCUGUGUUUAACGUCGCCAGCUGAAGCUAGGCCACGUCUCUGCGGGCGUCUCUCAUCUAACAGCUAACCUACUGACAUUGGAUGCAGAGAGAAGAUGUGCGGAAUGAGGAAGGACCAGUAGCGAUGUGAGAAGUCUUCAUGACUGUGUGUGUCCAGUGUAGUGUUUGCUUUUCAGCUCGGUUGCCGCAUAUCCAACACGGCAUGUCACGUAGACGGAUGUGUCUCUCUCAUUGAGCUCUCUGUAUGUCGCCCUGACAACAACAACAACCUGAAGCAACGUUAUACACACUUUUUGGUGUUUAUUUUUUUGGAUGAAAUGGUCGGGUUUGGUGCAAACCGACGUGGAGGCCGCCUCCCGUCCUUCAUCCUCAUCUUCCUGAUGGUGAUCAUCGCCAUCCUGUCGUUCAACUACUGGACGGUGUCCAACAAGCACGGCCGCUUGCUGGACGAGCUGGUGGAGGUGCAGACGCAGGUGAAGCGGACGGACGCGGCUCGGGUCCGGCUGGAGAAGCGCAACACGGAGCUGAUGGUGCAGGUGGACGCGCACAGGAAGCAGAUGGAGCAGAAGGAUGGAGACUACAGCAUCCUGGAGGGCAAGCUGCUGGCCAGGGAGACGCUCAUCAAGAAGUGCACUGAUGAGAAGAUGAAGGUGCAGGGUGAAAGCACAGCUCAAAUGACAGAAAACCAGAGGCUGACAGAGCAGCUAAAGGAGCUGAAGCAGGAGUUCAUAAAACAGGAAGAGCAGCUAAGAGAAGUGAAGAAAAACAGCACUACCUUGGAAAGAAAGCUGGAGUAUGAGAGUUUACAGUGUGGACGCCAGAUUGCACAACUGAAAGAAGAGUAUGAAGAAACAAAAAAGGCUCUGGAGAAUGAAGCAUCAAAGCUAAGACAGAGUCUGUUGGAUGGCCAAAAAGUUGCAGUGGCAGGUAGACAUACAGAUGGAGCACCCGGGGCAGAGAUGGUUGGAGAGCGCCAUACGGUGGCCACGCACCGGCACGACAGUCCAGAUUUAAAAGAAGAGAUGGGUAAACCUGGCAGUGACGCUGGCAUGCCGGGUAUUGAAGACAGUGAGGUGGGAAAAAUCGACGAUGUGCAGUUUGCCUUGAAGAAACCAGCCAUCACUCAGAAGCAUGAUGAUGCUCCUGAUGUGGUUGUGGGAGCUGGUGCUGGCCCUGGUGUUGGGGCAGCUGAUGGCCCUGGUGGACUGGGCCUGGACCAGCCCAGGCUCCAGCAGGACCAAGUGGAGGGCCGAGCAGCAGCGGGUGCACCUCUGGGCGUCGUCAAACAGCCAGACAAACCGAUAGUGUUUGAAGAAGACAACAAAGCAGGUAUCAAGGCGGACGAACUGGGAGAACAGCAAAGACAAAUUCGAGCUCCUGAUCAUGUCAAGGGUGACAGUGAACACCUGAAGGGGAUUCCUCUGCCCGCCAACCCGGCCCAGGUGCCCAACCCCAUCCAGCCUCACCACGCCAAAGACCAAGUUGCAGCAGAGCCAGUACACCACCGCCAAAGCCGGUUCUUUGAUGAGAACGAGUCCCCAGUAGAUCCGCAACACGGCUCUAAGCUAGCGGACUACAAUGGGGACGAUGGGAACGUGGGUGAGUAUGAGGCCGACAAGCAGGCCGAGCUGGCCUACAAUGAGGAAGAGGAUGGUGAUGGUGGGGAGGAAGACGUUCAAGACGAUGAUGAUCGAGACAUGCAGGGAGACCGCGCUGUGGAUUAUGGAAAAAGACAUCAAGCCAUUGACAUUCUUUGAAUGGGAACUCGUAUAGCCGUAACUCAUUCAAAAUAUUCAGACCUUCCUCUACAACCAAGGUCUUUUCUUGAGAAAAUAGUUUGAACAUCAUGAGUAAGAAUUUAUAGGGUGCAUCCUCAAUGUCGCGGACUCUUUUGAAAAACAGACAUUGCAACUAAUGAAUUAAUUCUGAAUAACGUACCAUAAUACAAAGAAAAAAAAUAAUGGCAUCGUCCUGAGCUGCUGUUGAUUUGCUAAUGGUUCUAAGUUAUGGCAGUAGAGAUGAUAUACUGUACACUGACUGUUUUGUUAUUUGAUAACUGCCUCAGUCGUGAUCUGAAAGAGCCCCGUUGACUCCCAGCUGAACUUCAAGGUCGAACUUGUGUUUUGUUUUUGCUACUUUUCUUUUCAGGUUGCUGUCGCUUGAUAUAAACAAACUCUUCACCCGAGGUGUUUAAUCAAAGAGACUAAUUCGGCAUUCUGCCUUUCUAACAUGAUUUUGGGACUUUUACAUGGAAGACCAUUUUUUUCGUUUACAGGAGUGGAAAUGCAUUGCAAAUGCCAAGGACUUUGCUUAUGGCCUAUUAAAUCAAUUUCUUUUCUUUGUGACAGACACUCCAAAGUGCUCCUCGUUCUGUUGUUUUUUUUAAUGCCAUUGCAUGCAUUUGAAACUUUUUAUUAAUAAUCAAACUGAGCAAAAUACUGAUGCUUAAGCAAUACUUAGAGCGAUGUUAGUAUCCUCCCACAGUGUGCAAAAGAUUAACCAAGCACAUCUAGAACUGACAUACUGUACACAUGCUUCCAUUAAUGAGCUCUCUCUCUCUUGUACAUAAUGUAGUUGCCAUUUGUACUGAGGAAACUUAAUUCCUCACCUUUUAGGGAAAUCCGUGAAAAUCAGUUCUGUUUUGUGCAGCCAGGAAAAAUUGAUUUCUCAUGGGAAAGGCACAUUGAAUGUAAUUUAAUUUUAUUAAAGGUGAUGCUUCAUGUCA